GCUCAGUUGAUCGGGCGGCUCGAUAGAGUUCGGUUGUAUAUACAAAACUUGGAACAAACUCUUUAGCGGUUCUUUUGAAAUAAAUCUUUUUCGGGCAAAAGUACCUAUUAAUUAUGGCUGCCAACAAAUUGUACUGCACUUUGGCUAUUGGCGCUCUUUUGUGCCUGGGACUCGCGGCUCUCAUUCAAGCUAAUGAUAAGCCAGUGACUGAUGUGUGCUUGGGGUGCAUCUGCGAGGCCAUCAGUGGUUGCAAUCAAACCCGUUACUGCGGCAGCGGAGUCUGUGGCCUGUUUCGCAUUACCUGGGCUUACUGGUCCGAUGGCGGCAAGCUGACCUUGGGCAACGAAAAUCCCCAGUCGGAGGAUGCUUAUGCCAACUGCGUUAAUGAUCCUUAUUGCGCGGCCAACACCAUCCAGAAUUACAUGACCAAGUUUGGACAGGAUUGCAACAAUGAUAACAACGUCGAUUGCUAUGACUUCGCGGCCAUCCACAAGCUGGGCGGUUAUGGAUGCAAGGGCGAGCUGGGCUAUCAGUACCAGACGCAGUUGACCAACUGCCUCAAUUCGUUCCAGCACAUCGAUGUUCGCUCUACCGUUUAAGCCCAUAAUCUUGCUAAAUUUAUGUUCUAAUUAAAUUUAAAUAAUGUAAUAAUUAAUAAUUUAUGGCAAUGCAUUUGAAUUCGAAUAAGUUUGCGCUAUUGAGAUUGAUAAUAAAUGACAUUACGACAAGGGAAUAAAUAUAAAGCAAAGCUCUUA